AUGUCUACGAGGCCGUUCUAUUUGCUGCUGCUGCUGCUGCUGAUCAGCAGCCAGUUGAGCUAUGGCUCGGAUGUGGCCACAACGCCAGAGUCGCCGCUGCUGAAGCAAUCCCAGAAUACUUUUGUGCAAUGGGUGCUGUCGCUGUUGCCACAACGUCCAGGCUCAGCGACGCCGGAGACAGUGACGGUGGCCACGUUGAGCAGCUCAGCGACUGCAGCGCCCAUGAGCAUGAGCUCCAGCACCGCCAGUCCGAGCAGCAGCACCAGCACCAGCACCACAGCAGCGCCAGCUACAAGCACCACAACAACUCGCAGAGCCACCACGACUGCACCACCGGCUCAGCCUACGCUGAAUCCGCCACGCAAUUGCAGCGACUGCGUCUGCGGUGUGGCCAACAUUCAAAAACGCAUUGUGGGCGGCCAGGAGACGGAGGUGCAUCAGUAUCCCUGGGUAGCUAUGCUGCUCUAUGGCGGACGCUUCUACUGCGCCGCCUCGCUGCUCAACGAUCAGUUCCUGUUGACCGCCUCGCAUUGCGUCUAUGGCUUCCGCAAGGAGCGCAUCUCAGUUCGCUUGCUGGAGCACGAUCGCAAAAUGUCGCAUCUGCAGAAAAUUGAUCGCAAGGUCGCCGAGGUCAUUACGCAUCCCAAGUACAAUGCACGCAACUAUGACAACGAUAUAGCCAUCAUUAAGCUGGACGAGCCUGUGGAGUUCAAUGAGGUGCUGCAUCCAGUUUGCAUGCCCACGCCUGGGCGCAGCUUCAAGGGCGAAACGGGCAUUGUGACGGGCUGGGGUGCGCUCAAGGUGGGCGGCCCCACCUCAGAUACGCUGCAGGAGGUGCAAGUGCCUAUACUCUCGCAAGAUUCCUGCCGUAAGAGUCGCUAUGGCAACAAAAUAACCGACAACAUGUUGUGCGGUGGCUUCGAUGAGGGCGGCAAGGAUUCCUGCCAGGGCGACAGCGGCGGUCCGCUGCACAUUGUGCCCAACGGCACGCGGGAGCAUCAAAUUGCCGGCGUCGUCAGCUGGGGCGAGGGCUGCGCCAAGGCCGGCUAUCCGGGCGUCUAUGCGCGCGUCAAUCGCUACGGCACCUGGAUCAAGAACCUCACCAAACAGGCUUGCCUCUGCCAGCAGGAGACCAAGAAGAUCAAAUAAAUUAGCAGCGAGCAGCGCAAAUAAUCAGACAGCGAUUCAAGAAACCAGUUUGGAAGUUUUAUAAGCGUGGCUUGCAAUCAAGUAAA